UUCCGAUCCGAGACGUGGGACCUACCCUCUCGAUUCCGCCUUGCGCGCCCCUGAUUGUCACGACACCAAGGCACUCUCUGCGGACGGCUGAUGGCCGUUCGCUGCCAUCCGCUGGUGCUUGGCCUUGACCCAAUCCCGUUCAGCAUGCAAGUCGGCUAAACCCAAAGUUGAGAGGGUUGAGAGGGUUAUCCUUGAACCCACCACUUGUAUUUCGAGCCCGAGCCCGGACCCCCCUAUUUAUGUCCAGCGUCCUGAUUCCUCCCAAACCGAGUUCUAGAACCGUGCCGGACUACCGCAACAAUGUCCGACCAAGAAGAAGCCAUCACCAACACGCGUUAUUCAACCCCUGUGCCCGAGCUGGACGACCAUCGUCACCAAUCUUCGUCUGUGCAGCGCCCAGACCGGCCACGCAGGGGAACGUUUGACUCGCUGUAUGGUGCCCGCCACGUCGCUGCGGAAGACUCUCCUUUCGAGCACGGCCAGGCGCAAGCCUCCCAGAUUAGGGACUUCGAGGAGGCUGUCGACGACGAGGAUGCCGCCGACUUGUCGCCAACCCGCCGCAGCCGACGGCCGACGGUGGAAUCUAUCAUGGAGUUGGGACAGCGCGCCCCGUCCCCCCCCAAUUCGGUCAAAGCAUUCGCCGAAGCUCGUCGUCGGCCUCGCGAGUUAUCCUUCUCGGAGACCAAGCCGGAUAGGAAGCUGGAGGAUUAUGACCUGCACCGGACUGCAUCCGUCGAGAGCCGCCGCAGCCAUCUGAGCAGACCGCAUACGGGAGCUGACGAUGCAGCAAGCCUCAUGUCCAGCAAGUCUGCCGUGGAGGACGUGUGCUUUCCACUUCAGGAUCGUCGCCGGGAUAACGAUCUCGACAUUGAUUUUGACUAUCUCGACAGCUUCAUUCAGGCGGAACGCGAGGUUCGAUCGAGCCAGCGCAAAUCUCCCGCACCAAAGAUAUUCUCGGAUCUUCGUCCUGAAUCUGGCCCUGCCAGCGGCACUCAUUUCCAAGUGGCCACUUCGGACGGGGACAUCUUGGAGGUCCCGUCGGAUCUUUCCCUCGGCCAAGAGAAGAAGACCCAGGUCUUAGAAGACAGAAGCCAGGCCAAGCCCGCACAGCCGCAAUCUGUGGAUCCAAGCAGGGUUAGUUUCUUUUCUUCCGCCUGGGAGUCGACUAUCCAUGCCGCCGAUCUGGAGGGCUUGAUCCUACCUGGGGAGGAUAUCCGUGGCCUCUUUUCUUUCCCGAGGGAGGAAACGGAUGGUGUAUGGUGGCUGAACAUCAACAAGCCGAGCGAAGACGAGGUUCGGGCUGUUUGCCGCGCCUUCGGCAUUCACCCCUUGACUAUCGAGGACAUCACCACACAGGAAUCCCGGGAGAAGAUUGAGCUGUUUCCGUCUUACUACUUCGCCUGUUUCAGGUCCUUCCACCUCGAGUACGACAAAGAGACGCAGGAACAGGAAUACGUGCCCUUCAACAUGUACGUCGUCGUGUUUCGAGAGGGAACGCUGAGCUUCAGCUAUGCCAGCAACUCGCACGCUUCCCACGUCAGGAAGAGGAUCACCAUGCUGAAGGAUUAUGUUGCUCUGAGCAGCGAUUGGAUCUGUUACGCAUUGAUUGACGAUAUCGUGGACUCGUUCGCACCAGUCAUCAGCAAGAUUGAGUAUGAUACGGAUCAGAUCGAGGAUGAGGUUUUCAUUGCGCGGACCGACGACAUGCACCAGUUCUUGCGCAAGAUUGGCAAUGUCCGCAAGAUCGUCACGGGCCUGAUGCGUCUGCUGGGAGGUAAGGCGGAUGUCCUCAAGGGGUUUACCAAACGGUGCAACGAGAACUACAAGGUCACCCCGCGCAUGGACAUUGGUCUUUACCUGGGCGACAUCCAGGACCACGUCGUCACGAUGAUGACCAAUCUCGCCCACUUCGAAAAGAUGCUCUCACGCUCCCACAGCAAUUACCUUGCCCAGAUUUCCAUCGACGGCAUCAUGCAGGGCGCCAACACCAAUCGCGUGCUUAGCAAGAUUACAGUGCUGGCCUCGGUCAUUGUGCCGCUCAAUGUUGUCACUGGCUUGUUCGGCAUGAACGUUAUGGUCCCCUUCCAGGAGGUGAAUAACCUCAUCGCCUUCUUUUGCAUCCUGUCGGGUCUGCUUGUGUUCAGCAUCAUCGCUCUGGCGAUAGCGAGGCGGUAUAGAAUUAUCUGAGGGCAUUGGAACGGUACGAGCAAAGAGAACUUGAGAAGGCCCAUGAGGGAACUGUGGUGCGGUACAUGAACGAUAGAGAUAAAUAAUGGCGACUCUCCUGCGGGUUUCAUGU